GCCACCGUCAAGCCGCGUGUUAAUCGUUAUGGCCGAGCGCGGAACGACGCGAUACAUAUUGGUGCAUGUCGGUCCGGUCGCACAGUCUCUCUAGUUUCGCGGGCCCAGAGUCUCGCAGGUGAAAAAAUUCAACGUAGUUCCUCGUCGCUGCGUCGGGCGCACGGGACGUUCGCAUCGCGAGCGCGAGGGAGUGUCAUCGUCGUCGGGCCGCGGGUGUCCGUAGUCGAGAUAUAUUUACACGGUGCGCAAUUACGUGGUUGUGAGUCCGAGUGAGAGAGGCUGAAAGAAGGACAGAAAGAGAAAGAGAGGGAGAACGAGCGAGCGAGCGUACGUACCGAGAAUCGCGCGAGCGUCGAAAGUAACGAGUCAUCUACCGAUCCAAGAUGGCAGAAGGCCAGCAGGAGGGUGGUCCAAAGAAGAUCACCAUCAAUGUGAAAACACCGAAAGAGAAGCAGACCGUGGAAAUCGAGGAGAAUGCGUCGAUAAAAGAUUUUAAGGAGGCAGUCUCGAAGAAGUUCAACGCUCAAGCCGAUCAGUUAUGCCUAAUCUUCGCCGGCAAGAUCAUGAAGGACCACGAGACCCUCAACACGCACAAUAUCAAGGAUGGCCUGGCGGUACAUUUGGUGAUCAAGGCACCGCGUACCGCAUCCACGCAGAAUCAGGAGUCAAAUUCGACUACGCGACCACAGGCUGAUGUCAGCGCUAGUCCAUUUGGUUUGGGAAGCUUAGGUGGAUUGAUGGGAUUAGAGUCUCUUGGCAUGGGAUCGGCUAAUUUUAUUGACUUGCAGCAACGCAUGCAACGGGAAUUAUUAUCAAAUCCUGAAACAAUGCGUCAAGUGCUUGAUAAUCCCUUGGUUCAAAGUCUGAUGAAUGAUCCAGAGAACAUGCGCAAUCUAGUUACUGCUAAUCCUCAAAUGCAAGAACUGAUGCAACGUAAUCCUGAAAUCAGUCAUAUGCUGAAUAAUCCUGAACUUUUACGGCAAACGAUGGAAUUGGCACGUAACCCGUCGAUGCUGCAGGAAUUGAUGCGCUCGCACGAUCGAGCUUUAUCUAAUCUAGAAAGCAUACCGGGUGGCUACAGUGCACUACGUCGCAUGUACCGCGAUAUACAGGAGCCGAUGCUGGCGGCAGCGACGAACGGUCGUAAUCCCUUCGCCGCUUUGGUGGAAAACAGUAAUUCCUCCAAUCAGGAUGCGCAGAAUCCGCAACAGGGGCAGGAAAAUCGGGACCCGCUACCUAAUCCGUGGGGUCAAAGCCAGAAUGACAGCAGUACAGGACAGCAGCAGGGUCAGAGCAGAGGUCUGCUUGAUUCACCGGGCAUGCAGAGCCUCACGGCGCAGAUGAUGGAGAAUCCGCAGCUGAUGCGAAACAUGCUGAACGCUCCGUACACGAGAUCUAUGCUGGAGGCGAUGGCGGCCGACCCGGCGAUGGCCAGUCGGGUGAUCGCGGCGAAUCCUUUUCUCCGUGGCAAUCCGCAGAUGCAAGAACAGAUGCGCGCUAUGAUGCCCGCCUUCAUACAACAAAUGCAAAAUCCGCAGAUACAAAACGUCGUAACCAAUCCGGACGCCCUGGCCGCCAUCAUGCAGAUUCAACAGGGUAUGGAGCAGCUGCGCACCGUCGCUCCCGAACUUGUGGAAAAUAUGGGCAUCACGGUUCCACCUGCGACCACAACACCGAACACAAGUGGUACGAACCCCAGUGUACCGACCAGUCAACCAUCGGACACCAAUCAACAGGAUGCGUUUUCUCAGUUUAUGGCACGUAUGGUUUCUGCAAUGGCAUUAAACCAAGGUGUAGAAGUUGACGGACAAUCUGUACCUCCACCAGAGGAACGUUACAGAGCACAGCUAGAGCAACUUACAGCUAUGGGUUUUCUUAAUAGAGAUGCUAACUUACAAGCAUUAAUUGCCACAUUCGGAGACAUAAACGCAGCUGUUGAGAGACUACUCUCUAAUGGACAAUUAUCCAUGAGCUAACCACCAAUCUGUAAUACUGUUAUUCCAAUAUUACCUUUAAUUUUGUCCUUAUUUAUCUCUUACGAUAAAUGUGGGAGAUAUAUAAGGUAACUGGCUGUCGAAAAUUAUAAACUUAUACCCCUCCUCUUCCUUCUCUCCCCUUUUCUUAAUCCUGACGGAAUACACGCUACUCACUCGUUCAAUUUGCAGUCUUUCUUAUUUAGAUUCAGAUUUGUCUGUGUUUUAGACGGAUAGAAAAAUAUCGAUAGUACGGCCAUUACUAUUGUCAUUUUACACAAUUAGUUGUUCACUUUUUCUGAAUCUUUGUUCUUGGUCUAUGUAUCAACUUUGAUGUGCUCUAGGUAUAGUCGAUUUCUUAUAUUCUAAGAUUAUUGAAAGAGAUUUCCCUCUAUUCUGGAAUCAAUACUUAUUUUGGUUACAUGAAUUUUAAUAUAUCCAAAAUAAAAAUAUGUGUAUUUUUCACUUUUUUUUCACUAUGGUCACAUGGCAAAUAUGAGUAAUAGGAUAGUAGUGCAAAAGAAGUUAGUUUAGAUGAAAAGAGCUGAUAAAUGAAAGUCUAGAAUAGAGGAUCUUAGAAUAGAGAAAAUUGGCUGCAGCUUUGUUGAUGUCAUUUUUUCCGUGUAAAUUUCUUUACAAAAGUAUCUACGAGCAGAUUACGAGUAGAAUUGUAAUAUGAUCAUGUUCACGACUGCAUUCAUUACUGCAUAUAACUUUAUGACUAUUUCUUAGAGACAUGAACGGAACCCCUGCAUGGAAAAUAUAGAUUGCCGCUAUUUAACGAACUCGCUUUCUCAGCUUUAUCAAUCGAUCGAGAGUGUAUUCCUUUUGCUUUCAGAUAUCCUGAUACUUGUAAUCAUGUAGCGAAAAUAUGUUAUUUGUACGUUCCAAAUAAAAAAAAAUAAAAAUAAAAAAUAAAAAAAUACGAACGAAUAUUGGAAUCAACUGGAAUGAACGUAAUGCUUUUUGCACGAAUUUCUUAAUUAUUUUAUAUAUUGUACAUAUAAACAAGAUAUACCUUGGAGUAUUGACGAGAUUCGCGCGUUAUACUCGAAGAGCACGGUUUAACGAUUCGUUCUAUAAUACGUUUUCCAUGUAACUUUUAUAGGUAUCGUGCAUAUAUCAAGAGAGGUAAAAACAACAGCUUUCUUUAACUCACGUACUGGUGUGCAUUGUCUCUUUGUUGGUUUAAUCCGAUCGUAGCAUAAAAACUAAUAUAAUUAAGCGUUAUAUGUCUUGUAAUACAAAUUUAGAAAUUUGUAGCGUGAUAAUGGAGAAACAUACGGCAUAUAGAUUGUUUAUAGAGGAAUGCGCGUGGUAAAGAUCGAACAUACAGGAUUAUGUAUGAUGUGUGAACUUGAAAGACAACAUUCUUAAUCGUCGAUUAGACCUAAAAUAUAAGGAUAAAAAAGAAAAAAAAAGAUGAUAUAUGUUGUAAAUUAUCUUUAUUGGAGGAGAGAGAAGAACAGUUAUAUAAUUUUAAUAUUUUUGAUUGAUGUAGGAUUACGAUAAAUAUCCAUUGCGCAUUAUAUUAUCUUUUAUGUGUAUUCAUUAAUAACUUCACUGAAAGACAAGACAUUUCUGCUGUAAAAGCGAUUAUAUAUAUUACAAAAUAAAGUUAUGGUUGAUUCUUA